CGAAACGCCACCAUUAUAUCCAGCCUGUGAGGUGAGGGGUCAGUUAGAGGUAACUGCUGAAGUGGAAAAAUGGAUCUCAGGCAUGCUGCGUUUUUGUUACUGCUGUUUUGUUCUGCCUGUAGUUAUCGGUUCAGAGAUAGAGCUGGGGAUAGCCCGGUUGUGGAAGGCUCUGAACAAGCGUGGGAGAGAAUCAAGACAGUGACGGGCAACGAAACGGCUGAGACCCUUGUAACCAAAUCAUUUGGGAAUGCAUCAGAUAAUGGCUCAAUACCUCAAGCAAAACGAGUUCGUGAGUAUCAGGCAGUCUCAAGGUUAAAGGACCACAGAAAGGAUUUCAAGCCAGAAACGGGUGUCAGGCCCCUCCCUGACUGGGCCAGCGAUAUGUUGCUUAAGACUGCUACCGAUACUAUUCCAACUGAACCAGCCAGACCACAGUUGGUUGAAAUCCUGUGCCAUGUUGACAGAGUUUAUGUAAGAAUCAGGAAAAAGGUCUUUAAGACUGACAACGCACACAGGUAUUUGAAAUUUGGCACCUGUCGUGUUAACCAAGUUACCAAAGAUCAUUACUACUUUCUGUACCUUUUGACUGCUGACUGUGGAUUUAAGAAAAAGAGUACUGCAAAUUAUCGGUAUGUUGGCAAUGUGCUCACCUACAAGCCAACCACUCCAGUUUUAAGAGAUAUGCCAUUUGACAUUCCCAUGCAGUGUAAAUUUCCCAGGUUUUUUCACUCCUAUAAAGUUGGCUUCUAUCCUACGCUACUGGGAGGCAGAGUUUUCAAAUCGCUCAACCCAAAAAGCAGUUUCACCCUUACUUCUCAAGAUGCAUCAGGGUUAGAAAUCAAUGGUACCCAAUCCUACAUCUUGGGCCAGACAAUGUACUUUCAGGCCACAGAACUUGCAUCCUCUGGAGAGGAGAGGAUUUACAUCAACUACUGCUUUAUGACAGCCUUCCCAAAUCCUGCCUCAAAUCCUAAAUAUACAGUCAUAGACAACUAUGGCUGUAUGGUUGACGGCAUGGUGACGGAAAAGUCAAAGUUCCUCUCUAAUACUUCACAAAUGGCCCUGAGAUUCAGUGUGGCCGCUGUGAUUUUCAAGGACGUGAUUUCCACUUGGUCUUCAUCACAGCAACUCUACAUGCACUGUGAUGUCUCUAUGGGAACACUUGCUCCAACUGAGAGUUCAAAGACUUGCAAUUAUGAUCACGCUACCAAAAAGUGGAAGGAGCUGUACGACAGUGACGCUGUGUGCACCUGCUGUGACUCGACCUGUCCCUCAGCAAAGCCUAAAGCUUCUAGGAAUAUGAUCUCAAGUCACGCUUGGAAGAUCGACUUGAGCAACAAGGAUGGAUAUGGCAAGUUUCACCCUCAGAUGAAAUCCCCUGAUGCAGACAGUUUGGACGCGGCAGAGCAUGCAGACGAGGCAGAGCAUGCAGACGAGACCAUGCAAACUUCCUAAAGUACUGGGGAGGACUAAAGGAAAUUGAGCUGUGAACAUUUUAAAAUAAAAUUUGAUUUCUCUUGUACCU